AAGGGGAGAUCACUGCGUAGGAGAUUGAUCAGUGUGACUGAGAAGCUCGGCUUUAGUAACAGCAGCAAAAUGCCGUCCUCUGCAAGCAAACAAGAGUCAAAGGAGCAGAAUCCCGUUAUAUUAUCGUACUUAAUCGCUUAUAAUGUAGCGCAAGUUAUGGGAUGGAGUGCAAUUUUCUUUAUCUUUCUGUCCCAUUUUUACUCGGAGAGAACAUCGAAAGGGUUAUAUGACAAAGUUGCACCACUUCUCAACAUCUUCCAGACAGCAGCUGUGCUUGAGAUAUUGCACUGUGCGCUGGGAUUUGUUCGAUCCAGCGUGAUGUUAACAGCGUUCCAAGUCUUUUCAAGAGUAAUGCUCACAUGGGGAGUCGCCUAUAGUAUAGUAGUGGUACAGAAUGUGACUGGUGUAUCAAUGUUUGUGUUUGCAUGGAGUGUCACUGAGAUUAUAAGAUACGCUUUCUACAUGUUCAGUCUGAUUGGUGAAGUGCCAUAUACUCUACAGUGGUGUAGGUACACAUUCUUCAUCGUGCUGUACCCAAUUGGUGUCACUGGUGAAUUGUUGUCUAUUUGGAGUGGUUUAGAUUUUGUGAGAGAGUCAAAGAUGUACUCCGUUGAAUUACCCAAUGCUGCCAACAUGUCAUUUAGCUACUUUUACUUCCUCAUCUUUUUUAUGAUCAUGUACAUUCCAGUAUUCCCACAGUUGUACAUGCACAUGCUUGCACAAAGGAACAAAGUGAUAGGAGGUGCUGGGAAAUCCAAGAAAGAGUGAAAAAACAUUUUGAGGAACAAACUUUAGUCUAUGAUUAAAAUUUUAUGAAAGAAAAUGUAAUCUUUUAAUAGUGUCUUGAUAAUUAUUGUGAUAAUUUUCCUCCUGACAGAAAAAAAAAAAUUAACAAAUUAUUGUACCCUUUUUUAAUUCUUUUACUUUUGUACCAUUUUUCAUUGCACUUUUCAUUAUUAUAGAUGCUCAUGUCUUAUAGAUUAGCUGAAAACCAUUAAUAUUUUGCUCAUCUGAGCACAUAGCUUUUAUGUGUGCUUUUGUGAUACAAUGAUGAUUGUCAAUUUUUUCUUGACUGUGAACAAUGAUCUCCUACUAAGUGAUAUGGUAGAUUUUGACCAACAUUCAAAAUGUUUGUUUUAUUUAUUACAUGGUUUUCGGUGGUUUAUAGAAAUGUAUCAGUGAAAGAAAACUGGUAAUUUCACUGUUUGAAACAGUGAAAUUACCACUUUGAUAAUUUCACUGUUUUGAAUUUAAGCCCCUUACGUUGUUUCAGUGAAAUACCAGCGUGCACAGUACUGGGUACCAACUUAAUGACGUGUCGUCGUAAAUGACGUCAUGUUGUAUAAUUAUUUGGCGCGCUUUUCAUUCAGUAUUAGAUUUAAUGUCUUUUUAAAACGUUUAUUUGCAUAUAAUAAAAAGAAAAUUUGUUUAGUUUAGUGUAAGAUCGAAAUAUAUUUCACCUUGUGAACACCAAAAGUUCAUAUUUCAGUCGUGGCUGCGCCACUCGUGAAAUAUACCUUUUGGUGCUCACUCGGUGAAAUAUAUUCCGAUCUUACACUGAACUAAACAAAUAUCAUCUAUAUAAAUGGAUUUUAUAUCAAAAUAAAAUCAUUAAUUCAUCGUUUAAAACUGAAGCAGACUUAAGGUUGCUAUUCACCCUGUCCGGACUCAAAUUUUGCAUUACUUAAUGUAUUGAUCUAUUGUGUAAAUUCUUUGAAGAAUUAAAAACACCUUUACUGAAUGAAUUACAUUUUUUGUUGAGGACAUGUAUAAAUGUUAGUCUGGUUUAAUGUCAAUUUCAAUAAAUUUUUGGUCGUAUCUAUGAGAUUAGUCCAACUAACCAGCUUUUCUUGAUCACUAACCAUAAUUAAUUAGCAAUUUCUCUGCAAAUAACAAAUUACAUGUACUAAUUGGGCAUGAUUUUUGAAUCAGCAGUGCGAGACAAAGGACCAUGAGACUGUAACAAUGUCCAUGACCAAUUAUCGCAGAGAAAUUUCACCUUUGUCUGAGGAAUGUACUAUAAAUCUAAUGCUACCCAUUGAGCUAAGCUGAAGAUAUAUGGUACUUAUGCAUCAGUCAUUUGUUGCCCCAGAUUCUCAUCCCAGGGUAUAGUAGGGGACAAGUUGUACCUUCAGUUUGUCCCUGCAAUGCUAGUCAGUGUGCAGGUUUUGUUUUGGCAACAAAAGAUCGGGAAUUCCAACCAAUUUGAAGUGGGAGGUAGGGCAUAAAGCAGAUUUUAUCAUCUACGGUAUUUAUGUAAGGAAGGAACUUUACAGUAAUAAAAAGGUUAAAAAUCAGUAAGUUCUUGCUAUUUCUUUGGGAGAGGAGAUACAAAUGACUGUUGCAUUUUAGUUACUCCAUGACAAUAUGAGAAUAUUUUGAUGAAAUUUUGUAUUUUAAUAAACAAUAAAUAUAUAUUAAAUCGUG